GCCCCGGACAAAAGUCUUGGCAUCAACGCCAGGCGGUGGCGCACCAGAGGCGACAACAUCAUCUCCAUCUUUUUCAACUCUCAAAUAUCCAACUCCCAACGUCACACAGUCCAGUCCAACCAGCAAGAAGCGAACAUGGUGUGCGCAAAGUGUCAAAAAAAGCUCAAAGCCACCGAACUCGCCACGCCGGGCGUCAAGCACAAGAAUGACAUGUACUACGGCUCGCCGACCACGUUAGGCGGGUCCUCGGCCGAUAAAGGGAAGAGUAAGCCAACGCUAGGUGCGACGGGGGUGGGCAAGAGUAAACUUCUCAGUGCAAAGGCGAAGAAUCCGUAUGCGGCUUAUGCCUCGUCUUGCGAGCAGUGCAAGACCAAGACUGAGCAGGGGAAGAAGUAUUGUCAGCGCUGUGCUUAUAAGAAGAAUGCUUGUCCAAUGUGUGGGAAGAACCUGGCUGGCAAGUCAGCCAAAGACCAGCCCAUCGUGCAAGGACAAAAGUUCAAUCUGAAGUAAUCGGAUGUUCGGGUGCUCAGCUUGAGGUGGUUAACUGGACAUUGUUUUAUAAUAUCCCAUGGCGCUUGGAGUUUAGGAGGAAGGACUCGAUGAGAUUCUCGAUGAGAUUCUCGAUGCUUUGAUGAAUACAUUCGAUUGACAGUACAAUGAGAAGAAAAGAGAUAUCUAGUUAUACAUGGCAUGCGCGGUAAGAGUAUAUGCAGUGCGUUGCUGAGAACGCUUAGUGCUAGGAAAGCAAAAAUCACCUUUUCCUGACUGGAUGACAGCGCGCUGUGCUCUCACUCCCUUCCUGUUCAUACACGUUUUUGAAAAACUAAGAAAAAGGGUUGACCAAUGUUUGGACUACCAGCACCGGAAGAACCAGGGAAGACCCUCGGGACGCUCGUUUACCGGUCGGCCAGCAUGUUCUUAAUGUUGCUGUAGUACUGUGGCAGCACAUACUGCGGGAUCUCAUCCUUCGACAGCCACUUGAAAUCCUUCAGCUUCUCCGCGCUGCCGGAGAGAUCGGCCUGACCGGCCAUGAUGCGGGUCUUCAUGAAAAAGGUCUUCUCGCCGUGGAUGGCAGCACCGGUCGCCUGGUCGAUGUGGGGCUUGCGGUUGUUGUAAACGUGGUGACCGGCGGGGUGGAAACCGACCAUCCAGGUGUUCAUGUUGACACCAGCGGUUUGGGAGAGGGUGCGUUCGGCAGCCUAUUGAGAACGGACGACUAUGUUAGCAAACACUCGGAGAAGGCCCGAUUAAUCAAUCGGGGGUUGAAACACUCACUUCGCGCAGGGUCUCGUCUCCCUCGAUAGGCAAGCUGGGGAACUUCCAGUAACCCUCCUUCGACUGGACCAGCAGGUACAAAGUCCGAGACAGCAACCGGUUCAAACUCUUGUGGUCGCCCUUCUGAUCCGCCUCCGUCACCCGGGAGAAUGGCCGCGGGAUCUCCUCCUUCUUACUGGUGUCCUGGGAAGUGGCAUUGGCCGUGGACUCGGCAUCUUGCACCAGCGCCUCCACCAAAUGUUCAGGCUCGCUUUCCUUCGAUCCAAGGAGCAGCUCAUCAUUCCAUGCGUCGCUGUCGUACGCGUUGUAGUUGCCAAUGUCGCGUGCCGGGGUCCGGCGCUCCUUAAUCUUGUUCUUCCAAUCCACAUCCGCUGGCGUGCCACGCUUGUAGUAGAAGUAUUUCGUGAAGGGAAGCGCAAGACGCUCAUUCAGGCGCUUCUGGUAGAAAUGAAAGGCUUUCUCGAAGGGCUCGAGGUCACGGGUGAUCUGGGGAGGGCGGGAGAGGACCACACCGGCGUUGAUGGUGUAGACAGGGGUGGUAACGGAGGAAGUGGAAGGAAUUGGCGAGGAGGGAGUGAUUGUCUCGCUGGUAGCAGCAGCAGCAGAGGCAUAGUUGCGGCGACCCAGGGUCUCUUGACAGCUUCUGCAGACGCUCGAGUCGAGUCUGGAUGGUC